ACAGCAUACAAUAAAAACAGAAACAUUCUCAGCAUUUACUUGCCUCUGAAUUCAGAUUUUUGCAUUUUAUAUUUAAUUGCUGUGAAACACUGUACGGUAACUGCUGAGUCAUGGUCUGAACCACUGAUUGAGCACCUGGGGAAAGGACUUGGUCAGGCAUGGGAGCACAGGUGAAGAUCCAGAGAGGGCUUGUUAUCUACAUAUGCUUCUUCAAAGGUGCUGAUGAGGAUCUUAUUCCAAAAAUUGUCAAUGUGCUGUUGAAUGUUAAAUUAAGUGAAAAUGAAAAUGGAGAGUACGUAUCUGUCCUUGAUUUACCAGGCAAUGUGCUCAUCAUACCACAAGCUACGCUGGGUGGUAAACUGAAAGGAAGAAAGAUGCAGUACCAUGCAAACAUUGAAAAAGAAAAGGGAAUGGAACUUUAUUCUCAGUUUGUGACUUUGUGUGAAAAGCAACUGGCUGCCAAUGCCAAGUGCAUGGAAGCAGGUGUUCUUGUUAAACAUGGCACAUAUGGAAACAGGCAGGUGUUAAAGCUGGAUACGAAUGGACCUUACACUCAUCUAGUUGAAUUCUGAAAAAAUAAAUACUAUCACAGUUACAAUA